GUUUUUUUCCCUCUGCUCCUUCUGUAAGAUGAUCUUCUCAUGCAGGAGCAAUGCAGAAAGAUCUUCUAAUGCGGCAGUGAUGCACUACAUGCUUCAGCUCAGGAGAUGGAGUCUGUGCCUGACAGACCACGCUGAGAUUGUUUAUUUCUCUGAUAUGACAUUCUCCCUGCUGGCAUCCCAGCUGGUCAUGGAGUAACCACCGGGAAUUUUGACAGUGCAGUGCACCUGAAGAGAUCUUCCACGAAGACUGAAUGCUCAAGGUACACCUACACCAGUGAAAUAUGUUCCCUGCAAAGACAUUGCCAGCACAGCAAAGUGUGGGAGACAUUGCCAUAAUUUUGAAGUUGAAAACUGCCCCAUCUCUCCUGCCUGGCUUUAACUGAUUCCCCACGAUGUUUGCAAAAGCAACGAAGAAUUUUGUGAGAGAAACUGACACUGGAGGUCACCUGAUCCCUGUCUCCCAGUUGAAUGCCUCAGACAAGCUGCAGCUUUUGAGCUUAGUUACGAAGAGGAGGAAAUUCUGGUGCUGGCAGAAGCCCAAGUAUCAUUUCUUGACAGUCACCCUGAGUGAUGUGCUUACUGAAGACAAACCAAUAAAACCAGUGAUUGUGGAGUCUGACUUUGCAAAAUAUAUGGGGAAGUUUGAAGAUUUUGUUCAAGGAAGUAUUGAAACAUCAUUUUUGAAGAUCAGCCUGGGAACUGGAGGGAAGGGUUACGUGGAAAACCAGUCGUCAUUUGGAAACUUGAGGAAGCAGGAGAUUGACUUGCAGCAGCUUAUGAAAGAUGUCAAGGACAGAACAAUAGAUCUAAAGAGUAGUUUACUUCAGCAAGUUAUAGAAAGAAAACGUGAAGUGCUGUGCAUCUUGAGAGAAAAGAUAAUCACAACUCAGAGGUGUACGAUAUCCGAACAUAUCCAGACAGAAGAAAAAGUCAGUGGUGUGAUGGGAUGCACUGCAAAAACAAUAAAGGUUUCAGUAAGUGAAGAUGGAAGUCUGGUGAAGGAUUCUAGCGUGAUCCUUGAAAUUCCUCCUGCAACCACUAUUGCCUACAGUGUAAUUGAACUGUUUGUAAAGCAGAAUGGCCAGUUUGAGUUCUGUCUGCUAGAUGAACAGCAAGGAGGUUUUGAAAAAGAAAGCACAGAAGGCUCAGCUUAUCCUCAUUCAGUUGAAUUCAGAGAUGCUUCGUUCCUCUAUCAGCCAGAUGCUGUUGAUAAUGAGAUGUACUCUGGGGCUAAAAACGUCGUUCCCAGUGAUGCUUCUAUAAGUAUAUUGAAACAAGAUCUGUCACGGUUGAAGACGCAGUUCCAACCCUUUGUGAAGCUUGCAGAAGACAAGCAAAGAGCUUUAUAUAAAACCCUUUGUGAGCUCUUGCUCCAUGAAGAAGUGGUGACUGCCCUGGGGGACAUGUUCGAUGAUAUCUGCACAGGAGGCAAGCCAGAUCUGGAGGAGUUGAAACUUGAACAACAAAGAGACCUCCUUGACUUCUUACAGCUCUUAGGGUGCAGUUUACAGAGUGAGCUGUUGUUGCAGAAAUAUCAGCCUCAGGAUGAAGAACUUUUCUCAGCUGCUCACCUUCUUAUCAGUGCUGUAUCUGAGCUGCCUGAUGACACUCUUGUCCUGCUGCGUGCCUGCUGUGACCUUCAGGUUGUUCCAGCCUUGUGUUGUUUGCCUAACGUCGCUUCAGCCGAUGGCACUGUGGCGCUGAGCAAUCCUUUGGUGGCCACUCUCGCUGACAGAGGAAGCUUUGAGGUCGUGCAAAGGCUGUUUGCUUCAUCAAACAUUAAUCUGGAAAUGGCAGAGUCUUCUGUAAAAGCUGUAACUAUGAAAGAACCGAGAUUCUUCCCACUUGUUCUUUAUGUUGCACUGUAUGGAUUUCAUGCAUUAGGUGGGAAUGUAUAGGAACUGUAAUGAGUAUCCAGUUUUUGCUCUAGCCUGUUGUAUCUUCUGUAGCUCUGUAAUUUUGGUGUGUUUGGGAUCAGCUGUAGAGUGGUUCUGUUGGUACUUAGGGCAGUACAGCCCAGAAUUAGGGUGACCAGGGGACUCUGCAGUUUCAGUGGAAAAUACAUAAAUAAGGGAUGGAAUUAAAAAAGAGAGCCAUGGAAGAGAAAUUGAACGUAGCUGCUCUGCUAGGUGUCAGAUCUGCAGGGCAGUGAAAGCCGGAUUGCUUGCAUUAAUAUGCACAGGAGAAAACAGCGAAGUACAAACUGCUUUUUGUAAGCAAGCAAACAGGCAAGCCCUGGAAACCCAGGGUUCUGCAAUGCAGCAACUGCUUUGCUCCUUUAAGCCCGGGUGUGCAGAAUGCCUUCACUGUGGAGGAAGUGCAAUGAAGGGCUCUUAAAAAGGUACUCGAUUAGAUUCUCUUAUUAAUUAUUGCACUGCGGGAAAUAACAAAGCCUCUUUUUCAACCUCCAAGACCACUUUAGGGAUUUAUACCUCUGUACAGCAUUUCUGUUUUCUGGUGUGUUCUCACUCAUGUUAGCAAGUUUCAGCUGUUUAAACUGCAUUCUGAACCUCAGGGCAUGGCAAUGCCUUUUGGUGUGUGCACAUGAAGGGUCCCUGCUGCACACCACAAAAAUUACCAUUUUACUCUUAUGACAUUUUCAGUGCAGAUAUUUUGCUUGUUUCUUUGACUAACAGCAAAGUAUUAGUAAAGCACUGUGUGCUUGAACUAUUAUGCGUGUUUUUCCAUAGUAAUUUUUUGUAAUCAUGGAUGGAACAGAAAUGCAGCGGAGAUCACUGUAAAUGUGGGUUUGGGAAGAAGAUGUUCCAAGUAGGUGGAGUAUCAGUGUUUACAGAUGAGAUCAUCAGAUGACUGAGAAACAAACAAGCAGGCACCUGUGUGGGGGUGAUCAGUAACCAGGCCCUGCAGCGUAGCAGGUGGGUGGGAGUUCUGCUCAGUUUCCUGCUCUAUUCCCACAUGGCCUUGAGCAGAUGCCUAAGAAGCCUUUAAAAAGUCAUGUCAGUUCAGCUUUGCUUGAGGACAUGGACUUUGCAGAAAAGCACCACGGUGCCUUUGCAUUCCCUGAGAGCUCAGGAUAGCUCUGGGAUGUGGGCUUUUCUGCAUCUUGUCUUAAGUGAAGCUGAUGGUGUUGCCUGAACUUCAUGCUGGUGUAGAAGGAAAGAUCCUUUAGGAGCUGGAAUCAUGGAACUCUGCUUUUGGGAGCGGUGCGUAAGCGCGAAGGUUGUCUUUUGCCCAUCACUAAUAAAAAUUGCCUCUGUAAUGAGUUUACAAAAGCUUUCUAUUAAAUGCUGUGUGAAAACAAUAGAAUAACCUA